AUGGGAAACAACUCGUCAAAGCAUUCCGGUUCAAAAUCAAGCGGAGCGGGUCCGUUGCAACGGACAGAUACGUCAGGGUCAGCGAAAUCUUCUAGGUCAAUCAGACUGAAGCUUUCCAUUAGCAGUAUGAAUAACGGAGGGAGCGGUAGACUCUCGAUGGACCGAGGCAGCGGAGGCGGAGGGGGUUCAGGAAGUGAUGACCGUUCGAUAUCAUCCAGACAUAGGAACAAAAGUGGUAUAGAUCCACUGCAUUCCAGCGCUGAAACUAAUGAAGCGAUUACGGAUGAUGACAAUGUAGAGGAUGAGCGCAGGAAGGAUGGAGCACCUCCAGCAAAAUCUGUGUCCAGGAAAGGUUCGUCUUCGGAGAUGAAUGCAGAAGUGCCAUCAUUCUCAAGGAAUAAUAGCUCUUCAAAUUUGCUUUCCACAUCGUUCUCAGACAAUUCGAAACUUCCACCGUCUAUGAAACAAAUUCAGCCUAAAGAACCAAUACUCAUGAGAAGAAACACCAACGAUACCAUCAAUACAUCUCUAAGCGUUUCCGGAUUUGAAACAGCAGCAAUGAACUCUCCUCUUGCGACGUCGCCGUUGAACACCAAUAGUAUAUCCCGUACCUCCACCCACUCGGUGCCAUCGUUACUGAACCACUUGUCGUCGUCGUCGUCGUUGUCGACAACUGACCUCCCAAACUUGCUGCCAGGAAAUGACAUGUCUCGAGGCCCAAAUAAUCCAGGUGACGGAGGGGCAGUGCCCAAAUCGCCCAGCUUGAAUCCCAAUCAGUAUGACGACACAAAGAGUAUACAGAGUAGUAGGCAGUCGCUGGCCGCUGACUUGACGGAGUUGGCCAAAACUUCGUCUUCGGCACAGAACCACCUUAGCAAACAGGCCACCACAUCUUCGUCCAUGGGUGGAGGCAGUAAUACAAUUGAGGUUGAGGAUUUGAUUCAACGGCUCUUGGAUGCGGGAUAUAGUGGAAAGCGAACCAAGAAUGUGUGUUUGAAGAAUGCAGAGAUUCAACUUAUCUGUGCAACUGCAAGGGAAAUCUUUUUGUCGCAGCCGUCCUUACUAGAACUAUCGCCCCCUGUAAAAGUUGUGGGGGAUGUACAUGGGCAGUACGGAGAUCUAAUCCGUAUUUUUACAAAGUGUGGGUUCCCACCACAAACAAAUUACUUAUUUCUUGGAGACUAUGUCGAUCGAGGAAAACAGAGUUUGGAAACCAUUUUGUUGCUUCUAUGUUACAAGAUUAAGUACCCAGAGAACUUUUUUCUAUUACGUGGAAAUCACGAGUGUGCCAACGUCACUCGUGUUUAUGGUUUCUACGAUGAGUGCAAAAGAAGAUGUAAUAUUAAAACAUGGAAGUUAUUUGUUGACACAUUCAACACGUUGCCGAUUGCUGCAAUUGUUGCUGGGAAAAUCUUUUGUGUGCAUGGGGGGCUAUCGCCUGUGCUCAACUCGAUGGAUGAAAUCAGAAAUAUAGCACGUCCGACUGAUGUGCCGGACUUUGGAUUGCUUAACGAUCUUCUCUGGUCCGACCCUGCUGAUACUAUAAAUGAAUGGGAGGAUAACGAACGUGGCGUUUCUUAUGUGUUUUCUAAAGUUGCCAUCAACAAGUUUUUAAGCAAAUUUGGCUUUGACCUAGUAUGUCGUGCGCACAUGGUUGUUGAGGAUGGGUAUGAGUUUUUCAAUGACCGGACCUUGGUCACUGUGUUCUCGGCGCCCAAUUACUGUGGAGAGUUUGACAAUUGGGGCGCUGUAAUGAGUGUUUCUGAGGAAUUGUUGUGCUCGUUUGAAUUGCUAGAUCCAUUGGACAGCGUGGCUUUAAAACAGGUGAUGAAAAAGGGUAAGCAAGAAAGAAAGACAGCUCAGAGUUUGCAGCGAAUACAAUCACGCUAG